GGGGCUGGGGCUGGCGCCGGAGGCCGAUUGCGGCCUUCUCUCAGGCCUAGUGGAGCGAGGGCUGGGGAGGAGUCCCAUGCGGGGCCCCGCCUCGGCAGCAAGGUCUGUCUUUCCGCCGAGCCGGCGGGAGCGCUCAGAGCAUCUGUGCGUGGCCCCGGGUCGGGUGCGUCCAUGGCCGCCCCGCAGGAGGCGGGUCGGGCCGGCCGGGCCGCGGUCUUCUCAUCCCGGAUGGUGGGGGGUGUCUCCUGCCGGCUCUCGGCGGAGCUGGCAGCGAAGAGCUGAAAAAAAAAUGGGGGGCCUGGGCUUGAAACCCAGCUUUGGCGCUUCCUGACUGUAGAGAAAGUGCUCGAGCUCGCCGAGACUUCUUCCCUUUACCCACCCGUAAGAUAGAACAGCAGUAGCCGCCUCCUGGAGUCCUUGGGACUACCCGCUGAGCUGCUGUGAUAAGCCUGUGCUGUUUAGCUGUUCAGCACAUUUGGCAUUUAGACCAGGCGCCGGGGUGUCUCAGAUUCAUUCUUAAGGAACUGAGAACUUAAUCUUCCAAAAUGUCAAAAAGACCAUCUUAUGCCCCACCUCCCACCCCAGCUCCUGCAACACAAAUGCCCAGCACACCAGGGUUUGUGGGAUACAAUCCAUACAGUCAUCUCGCCUACAACAACUACAGGCUGGGAGGGAACCCGGGCACCAACAGCCGGGUCACGGCAUCCUCUGGUAUUACGAUUCCAAAACCCCCAAAGCCACCAGAUAAGCCACUGAUGCCCUACAUGAGGUACAGCAGAAAGGUCUGGGACCAAGUAAAGGCUUCGAACCCUGACCUAAAGUUGUGGGAGAUUGGCAAGAUUAUUGGUGGCAUGUGGCGAGAUCUCACUGAUGAAGAAAAACAAGAAUAUUUAAACGAAUACGAAGCAGAAAAGAUAGAGUACAAUGAAUCUAUGAAGGCCUACCAUAAUUCUCCUGCAUACCUUGCUUAUAUAAAUGCAAAAAGUCGUGCAGAAGCUGCUUUAGAGGAAGAAAGUCGACAGAGACAAUCUCGCAUGGAGAAAGGAGAACCUUACAUGAGCAUUCAGCCUGCUGAAGAUCCAGAUGAUUAUGAUGAUGGCUUUUCAAUGAAGCAUACAGCCACUGCCCGUUUCCAGAGAAACCACCGCCUCAUCAGUGAAAUCCUUAGUGAGAGUGUAGUACCAGAUGUUCGGUCCGUUGUCACAACAGCUAGAAUGCAGGUCCUCAAGCGACAGGUCCAGUCCUUAAUGGUUCAUCAGCGAAAACUAGAAGCUGAACUUCUUCAAAUAGAAGAACGACAUCAGGAAAAGAAGAGAAAAUUCCUGGAGAGCACAGAUUCAUUUAACAGUGAAUUGAAAAGGUUGUGUGGUUUGAAAGUAGAAGUGGACAUGGAAAAAAUCGCAGCUGAAAUUGCACAGGCAGAGGAGCAGGCUCGCAAAAGGCAGGAGGAACGAGAGAAGGAGGCAGCAGAGCAAGCUGAGCGCAGUCAGAGCAGCAGCGUUCCUGACGAGGAGCAAGGAGCUGGUAAAACUGAAGAAAAGAAAGAAGAGGAGAACAUUCCAAUGGAGACAGAGGACUCACACCUUGAAGAAACAACGGAAAGCCAGCAGAAUGGGGAAGAAGGCACAUCUACUCCUGAGGACAAGGAGAGUGGGCAGGAGGGGGUGGACAGUAUGGCAGAGGAAGGGACCAGCGAUAGUAACACUGGCUCGGAGAGCAACAGUGCAACAGUGGAGGAGCCUCCAACAGACCCCAUCCCAGAAGACGAGAAAAAAGAAUAAAUACUGCCUUGUUCCCAAUACUUUUUUAAAUGAAAAAAAAAAAAAAGUUGUUUUUGAGUUUUAA